GGAAGUGGACAGAGGACGUCGGAGUUUCUGCCUCUGUGUUGAACAGUUGCUCGAAAAUCAGGGUCUUUAAUUUAUCAAAAGAGAGAGAACGGAACAGCGUAGAGAUGUGCAUGUUUGAUAAAGACAAAGGGCCAAGGAGGCUGAUGAAAAAGGGGUUAACUUUGAUCCUGGUCGGCCAUAUUAACUUCAUUCUUGGAGCUAUUGUCCAUGGCAAUGUCCUCCGCCACAUUUCCAAACCCAGCCAGCAUAUCUCCACUGAAUACACUGUAGCCAACAUCAUCUCUGUCACCUCUGGCCUGCUGAGCAUUGCCAGUGGGAUUAUUGCAAUUGUGGUGUCAAGGAACCUUCAUGCGUUAAAACUGCAAAUAGGACUUAUAAUUACAUCAUUCCUGAACGCCUUGCUCUCAGCAGCAUGCUGCACUGGGCUCCUCUUGGCCAUUAGUCUCACUGUUGCCAACAAUGGUGAGGGUUUAAUGCUGGGAUGCAAUGACACAGUGCCCAUCAACGCUCGGUCACCUGUCAGUGCCAGAUGCCCGUUUGACACAACACGAAUCUAUGACACCACUUUGGCGAUUUGGGUCCCUUGUGCCAUCAUGGCAGCCGUUGAGGCUGGACUGUCUGUUUGGUGCUUCAUCGUUGGAUUGGCUCUCAGAGGUCUGGCACCCUGUGGGAACAGCUACAUCAAAGAGCAGUUGGAAGAAGCAGCUGAGGACGCUCCCCACAGCCGACGCCUGAUUCGACCACGCUUGAACCCUGAUGCCUAACUAAAUAAAAGGCAAUGAGGACACCACUCCAUGUAGACACAGCUAAAUCCCAAAAGGCAUUGAUGCUGUUGUCUUGAGACCAGUAUAUUGGUGAGUUUCACUGCAGAACAAGAGUGAAAUCAGUUUUUGAAAAACAGGUUCUUGCUUUGCAGUAUCCACCAAGCUCCAAACCGUGAUUCACAGAUCGGUUACUAAAUGGCUCUAUUUGUUUUCAAUUAUAAACCAAACUGUUUAUUUUGUGUGUGUGAAGCAGUGAGCUUAAUACAGAUGGAUUAGUGUUGUUGUAAUUUUACUUGAUGGAAACCAUAAAUGCAAAAUUUAUUUACAGUGACAAAAAAACCUCACACAAUGCAUGUUUCAGUUGGCGCAUUGAAAUGCAGAUCUUUUUAUGUGUGCGUACAUGUGUGAAGGCUAAACUUAGAUGUAGUCUUAUCAUUAUCCAUGACUGUUUUGGUUCAAUAGUACUAAAUAUGUCGUGUUUUUCAGUAUGAAGAAACCUCUUUUUAUGAAGAAAAUACUUUUUUAUAUCUAUCAAAAAUAUUUGAGAUUAUUUUAGCUGCUUUAUUUUAGCUUUUCAUUAACUCUCUUUUACAGCAAAACAUUUUUUAUUGCUCUAAAUGUUUUUUUUAAUUAUGAAACACUUUGUUGUAUGUGAGAUGCAUCAACAAACAUGCAUUGCCUAUAUACAGGUUUAAUACCCACUAUUAUGAUGUUUUAUGUAAAUAUGUGAUGUGUCUGCUAUAAAACACCAAAUUAUCUUUAUUUGGCUCCAAAUUCAAUUGGACAUGCUAUAUUACACCUCUCGAAAGAAGUUAAUAUUAUAAGAUUAAUAUAAAGACAUCAGUUUGUGACAUGUUCAUUAGCGUUCCACUGUGGCUUAAUGCUGCAGGUAAACCAUUGACUAGUUUAUCACAUCCCACUUUAUAUGUUUAGGGGGUUUUCUUUACAUUGUGUUCAUUUUUAUGUAAAAUUAUCCUCUGAUCACAAUAGUAUUUGUCAGCCAAGCACAGGAUUAGAACAACUAUGUGAAAAGAAGGGCUGAUAGACUCCCGUGGGAUAAAAUCAAAAAUUAUGUUUAACUGUUUUGGUUUUUUUUUACUGUUUUUGUUGCUUAUGCUAUUUGUAAGACAAUUGCAUUGUGUCAAAAUGACAAGAGAAUGGAGAAACUGUAAUCAAUUUUUUUUAAGUGUGGCCCCAGAUUUACUGUAGGUCUCAUGACUUAAAGUUCCAAUUGCUAAAAUGCAGUGUCAUGGGUAUAUUGAAAGGGUUUUUGCAGAAAGAUGCCCCAGAUUUAAAGUAAUCUGGAUUGCAACAUGGCUUCGUGUACAUUUGUAUAGGAACAGUAUACUGUGGUUGAGUGUCAAGUGGGGUCAUAUUAAGAGGUUUAAUCAGUAUGUGGGCCAGCCGCCUCAGCUUGGACAGACCCCCCACAACUCAACGACUGAAAAGAUCAGAUCAGUGUUGAAACGGUUAAUCUAAUGCUGUGCUCAAUUGUGUGUGAGGGAAUCAUAGCACGCAACAGUAAUCCUCAGGCUGUAAGGGAUAAAUAUUGACAUUCUGAUCCGACUGAUACAAUCCCAACAAAUCUGUCUGGCCAUUUCAGUCGGUAUGACGUUCAUGUCACACUGUAAACUCGUGGACUUUAUGUUUGAAAUCACAAGAUGAUUAUGAAAUAAGAAUAUAAUUAAUGUGGUAUCAUGCAGUCCAUUUAUAAAUGUCUACAAUAUAAUUUUAAUUCCAUAACUGACCAUAUAGCAUAUCAGUAAUUUGCAAAAGGGUAUUAAUUAUUAGUUAGAUUUUCAGUGAUAAAAUGAUCUUGUUAUUUUCUUGAAAAUGAUUGACAUGAAAACCUACAUUUCUUUAAAAAUUAUGACAGAUUUAAAAUGCACUUAUCAGGCCAAAUGGAUAAUCCAAAACUUUUGGUUGUUGCAUUGUUGUUCCCAAACAAUAAUUUUAAGUUCUUGAAAGAACUUUUGUGACAUCUAUUGCCUGAUUUAUUUUUAAAUGUAUAAAUAGUGAUGUACUAUUAUGUAUUUCAUUAUUUGCUUUAUGUUUUUAUAUACCCUAAGUAUGUACAUUUCAUGUAUAAUUUUUAAUAAAGACUUUUAAUAAUGAGA